AUGAAGCACUCGAAACCAGAAGCAUUGCCACCACCUCCGCCUGUGAUUCCAUUCAAUUUUGCUCCGGCAAAAGUCGAUCAGUCAAACCGCCGUCCAAUGGCUAGGAGUGAAAUUGGCACUAAAGGCCAAAGGAUCUCUCUGUUGACCAACCAUUUCAAUGUUGCAUUUUUCAAUGAAGAUGGAAAUCCUGUUGAAUCAAAAGGUAUAGGUAGAAGAUUACUAGAUAUGGUCCAUAAAACUUAUGAGUCUGAAAUGGGUGGUAAAGAGGUCGCGUUUGAUGGUGAAAAGACACUUUUUACAGUCGGUGCUUUACCAGGGACUAAGCUCGAGUUCAUAGUUGUGUUGGAGAACGCCUCUUCAAAUAGAACUAUACGAGGUGAAACCAAGAGAUCAAGGCGUCUGCCUCAAUCCAAACCGUAUAAGGUAACACUAAGUUAUGCCACGAAGAUCCCGAUUCAAGCCAUUGUUAAUGCACUUAAAGGUCAAGAUUCUGAGCAAUUCAUUGAAGCUAUGAGGAUUUUCGAUGUUCUUUUGAGACAACAUGCUGCAAAACAAGGUUGUCUUCUUGUUAGACAAUGCUAUUUUAAGAACGAUCGAAGAAACUUCAUAGACAUUGGAGGUGGUGUUAUGGGUUGCAAGGGUUUUCAUUCCAGUUUUCAUGCCACACAAUCUGGUUUUAGUUUGAACAUUGAUGUGUCGACUACAAUGAUAGUCAAACCAGGGAAAGUUGUGGACUUUCUUCUUGAAAACCAAAAUGUUUGUUGCAUCAAGGAGAUCGAUUGGCUUAAGGCAAAAAGAACGUUGAAGAACCUUCGUAUCAAGACCUUCCCAUCUAAUCUCUAUUAUAAGAUUAUUGGGUUGAGCGAAAAAACAUGCAGAGAACAGACGUUUUCAUUGAAAAAGAAUAAUCACGGAGAUGAGGCCAUUAAUAUAACAGUCUAUCAAUACUUUGUUGAGUAUCACCAUAAACAUCUCGAAUACUCUGCAGAUUAUCCAUGUCUUGUAGUUGGAAAACUAAAGAGCCCAACGUAUAUCCCAUUAGAGUUGUGCGAAUUGAUAUCUCUACAAUGCUACACCAAACCCUUAUCAAAUUCUCAAAGAGCUUCACUUGUUAAAUCAAGACAAAAGCCUCAAGAUCAAAUGCGAGCCUUGAUGGGUGAACUAAAGCAAAGUAACUAUGAUGCCGAUCCUCUUAUUAAUGCUACUGGGAUUACAAUCAGCAAUACUUUCACUAAACUUGAGGGUCGUGUUCUGGAUCCUCCAAAGUUAAAACUUGGGAGUGGAAGAUACUUGGUUCCUUGUGGUGGUAGAUGGAGUUUCAACAACAAGACAUUUGUUGAGCCAACAAGGAUCACACAUUGGGCGAUUGUCAACUUUUCUUCAUGUUGUGACAUGAAUACCCUUCGUAGAGAUCUUCCAAGGUGUUCCCAAGCAAAAGGACUUGAUCUUGAUCCACCAUCUGCUGUAAUCCAUGAGAAUUCUCAAUUUAGGUGUAGUCCGGCUCAUGUUCGUGUAGACAAGAUGUUUGAAACUAUAAGACAAAGACUUUCCAGCCCCCCUACGUUUAUUCUAUGUAUCCUCCCUGAACGAAAAAAUUCGGACAUCUAUGGUCCAUGGAAGCGAAAAUGCCUUGUAGACCUUGGGAUUGUCACACAGUGCAUUGCCCCGAUUAAGAUCGAUCACCAGUAUGUCACAAACAUGCUUAUGAAGAUCAACGCUAAGAUGGGUGGAAUAAACUCUUUAUUGUCGAUUGAGUUUUCAAAUGCUAUACCAUUGGUGUCACGGACUCCCACUAUAAUCUUUGGGAUGGAUGUCUCUCAUGGGUCACCUGGACGUGCAGAUGUUCCUUCAAUUGCUGCUGUUGUAAGCUCGAGGAAAUGGCCACAAAUUUCGCGAUACAGAGCAUCUGUUCGUGCACAAUCUGCAAGAGUUGAGAUGAUCGAUGGUUUGUUUAAGCCUAUUUCACAUGAUAAAGAUGAAGGAAUGAUAAGGGAGCUGUUGGAUGACUUCUAUUUAAGCACUCCAAAAUUGAAACCGAAGAACAUAAUUAUAUUCAGAGAUGGUGUAAGUGAAUCGCAGUUUAAUCAAGUACUCAACAUCGAGCUUAAUCAAAUCAUUGAAGCGUGUAAGUUCUUGGAUGAACAAUGGGAUCCAAAGUUUCUAGUGAUUGUGGCACAAAAGAGGCAUCACACCAAGUUCUUCCAAGCCAAUUCAGAAGCCAAUGUCCCACCAGGGACAAUCGUUGAUAAUAAAGUCUGUCAUCCGAAGAACAACGACUUCUAUUUAUGCGCUCAAAAUGGAAAAAUUGGGACUACACGACCCACACAUUACCAUGUGCUUCUAGAUCAGAUUGAGUUUUCUGCUGAUGAGUUACAAGAGCUUGUUCAUUCGCUAUCCUAUGUUUACCAAAGGAGCACAACUGCUAUCUCUGCAGUUGCUCCGAUUCGCUAUGCCCACUUGGCAGCAGGACAGGUGGCACAGUUUGUGAAGUUUGAUGACAUGUCAGACACUGCGUCUAGUCACAAUGGUGGUGAUGCAGGUGGUUUCACCCAGUUAGCUAAGCUUCACCAUAAGGUAUCCAAUUCGAUGUUCUUCUGCUGA